AUGUUCGCCAGAUCCGUCUCUCGAGCAGCUGCUCGCAGCUCUGCUCUCCCAUCGACGAUCAUCCGUUCGUACCGUCCUGCCGCCAGCCCAAUGGCCUCCCUGAGCGCUCAGAAGACCGCCAUUGCGUCCCAGCAGACCCGUGCUGCCUCCAGCGAGCAUGCCAUCUCCAACCCUACCCUGGCUGGUAUCGAGAAGCGUUGGGAGGCCAUGCCUCCUCAGGAGCAGGCUGAGCUGUGGAUGCAGCUCCGUGACCGCAUGAAGGUUAACUGGCACGACCUGACCCUGCAGGAGAAGAAGGCCGCCUACUGGAUCGCUUUUGGUCCUCACGGCCCCCGUGCUGAGCCUCCCAAGGGUGAGGGCUGGAGAGUUUUCAUCAGAGUCUCCCAGCUGCUUGCUCUGUCCUUCAGUAUCUUCUACGUUAUUCACCUGUUCGCUCGCCCGCAGCCCAAGACCAUGUCCAAAGAGUGGCAGGAGGCCGCCAACGAAUACGUCAAGCGCGAGAAGAUCGAGCCCAUUACCGGUCCGGCCUCCGAGGGCUACACCGGCAAGGGACACGUCCAGAGCGCUCCUGCCAACAAGUCGUAG